AUGUGCAGGUAGUCUGCUGCUGCCUGCUAGAUCCUGACACAUCUCACCCUCUCCUCUCCACUCCUGGUCCCUCCACACCAGGUGAGUCCUUUGUACAACAUACCAAGCUAACGGUCAGUUUAUGUGUGUUUUCGCAAAGACAUUAUGUAGAAAAUGGGCGUUCAUGCGGAAUGGCUCUAUUGAUGUGGACAAUUAAGGAGGAAUGAUGUCUUGGUCACUGUGUAACCAUGGGAGGUUAGCCAGAGAAAAUGGACCUCAACAUGUAUCAGAUGUAGCUAUCAGCUAAAGUAGUACAAAUGUCUGCCGGCAAAUGUAUUGAUAUUGGUUAUAGGAGUGUUGGUUAUAGGAUAAACAUUUAUUUGAAUGAAGUAUUGAACCCACUCUGGAAAUGUGAUGUGUUUGAAGAGUAUAUUGUUACAAAAAUAUGUCUAAAAUAAGCCUAAUCAAAAAGGGUAGUUUUGAGAUAUUCAUGUUUUAAAUGUCAUUAUACUCCUUGUAGUGUUCUCUGAAAUAUGGAGUAUGUCUAGAUUCUGAAAUACACAUUUCAAAUUCAUUUAAUGAAUGUGAAAUUUGUAUUACAGAAUCUAGACAUACUCCAUAAUUGAGAGAACACUAUAAGGAGUAUAAUGACAUCAAGAUGUGGUCUGUAUCAUGUACGGUUCACAGAUUAUAGGGUUUUACAGGAGGCAUGUAAAGGUCUAAAAAAGGCUUAAAAUGGCCAAUUUCAUCAUGAUUUUCAAAACAAUUGUUUGUGAUACAAAUGUAAAAAGCAUGUUAAAUAUCCUUUCUCCCAAUGAAGUUCCUAUGUGAGAAUUCAUAGCCGCUGGAAGUAGUGGUAAUGAGGGUGCUGCAGCACCAACUGAUAAAUCAGAAUUUAAAAAUGACAAAAUACAAUUUUACAAAUAUCUAUACAUAUUUUUUAAUGUGUGCACUGGGCCUUUGUUACUCCUGUAUGAGCGGACAAAAAUAGUUGGGGAUUUAAAAAAAAAUCUCAGCACCCCACCUCUAAACAUCGGUUCGAAGCCAUGUGAGAAUUGCCAGAGCGACAUGAGAUACCAAAAAUAUUUUCUGCUCCCACUGCCGUGGAAACGCCCUAUUACCCAAUCAUGACAGAAAGAUAAAUGUCAUUGUGAUAAGUCAUUAUUAUAUUACUCUAUCAACAGACCUCUGAACAGCAGUUAGGGGAGGAAAAAUGGUCCUGAUAAGUAGACUUAAAGUUAUUGUUUUAUGACCAACACGCAUCUAUAUUGUGGUUACUCCGCAAGUAGAAAUGCUCAUUAUGAGUGCAACAGUCUCAUUUAUCAUACAUUUGAUAUAUUCCAUUUGACAAUUUACAACAACAAAAACCUAAUAGUUUUCAGCAUCUUGAAUUUGUCUGGGAUGUGCAAAUCGGAAUGAGUGUUUUGAGGACGUGCAUUUUUGGUAACAGAAUGGAAAGACACUAGGCAAUAUUUCUUAUACUUACAGAAGGCAAAUAAUUUCUGCAAAACUAAAUAUAAAUGUUGAUAUUAGUUGGCAAGGGUCUUUACUUCAACAUUAUUGUGUUUUGAUGUACACUAUAUAUACAAAAGUAUGUGGACACCCCUUCAAAUUAGUGGAUAUGGCUAUUUCAGCCACACCCGUUGCUGACAGAUGUAUAAAAUCGAGCACACAGCCAUGCAAUCUCCAUAGACACACAUUGGCAGUAGAAUGGCCUUACUGAAGAGCUCAGUGACGUUCAUUAUUCCACCUUCAUAGGACAGUCAUUUCUUCAAAUGUCUGCCCUGCUAGAGCUACCCCGGUCAACUGUAAGUGCUGUUAUUGUGAAGUGGAAACGUCUAGGAGCAACAACAGCUCAGCCGCAAAGUGGUAGGCCACACAAGCUCACAGAACGGGACCGCCAAGUGCUGAAGCACGUUGCAACACUCACUACCGAGUUCCAAACUGCCUCUGGAAGCAACGUCAGCACAAUAACUGUUCGUCGGGAGCUUCAUGUAAUGGGUUUCCAUGGCCGAGCAGCCACACACAAGCCUAAGAUCACCAUGGGUAAUGCCAAGCGUCGGCUGGAGUGGUGUGAAGCUCGCCACCAUUGGACUCUGGAGCAGUGGAAAUGCGUUCUCUGGAGUGAUGGAUCACGCUUCACCAUCUGGCAGUCCGACGGAUGAAUCUGGAUUUGGCGGAUGCCAGGAGAACGCUACCUGCCACAAUGUAGAGUGCCAACUGUAAAGUUUAGUGGAAGAGGAAUAAUGGUCUGGGGCUGUUUUUCAUGGUUCGGGCUAGACCCCGUAGUUCCAAUGAAGGGAAAUGUUAACGCUAUAGCAUACAAUGACAUUCUAGACGAUUAUGUGCUUCCAACUUAGUGGCAACAGUUUCGGGAAUGCCCUUUCCAGUUUCAGCAUGACAAUGCCUCUGUGCACAAAGCGAGAUCCAUACAGAAAUGGUUUGUUGAGAUCAGUGUGGAAGAACUUGACUGGCCUGCACAGAGCCCUGACCUCAACCCCAUCGAACCCCUUUGGGAUGAAUUGGAACGCCGACUGCGAGCCAGCCCUAAUCACCCAACAUCAGUGCUCGACCUCACUAAUGCUCUUGUGGCUGAAUGGAAGCAAGUCUCCACACCAAUAUUUCAACAUCUAGUGGAAAGCCUUCCCAGAAUAGUGGAGGCUGUUAUAGCAGCAAAGGGGGGGACUAACUCCAUAUUAAUGCCCAUGAUUUUGGAAUGAGAUGUUUGACGAGCAGGUGUCCACAUACUUUUGGGCAUGUAGUGUAUUUCUAACACCUUUUAAGACUUCAUGCUAGAUGUAUUGUAAGACCCCUUUUCCAUAUUUUAUACCAGAAAUCUAAGCAUUUGCUUAUUACUAAUUUUCAGGAUGGAAAAUGGUUGAAAAAUGUAUAUAUGCCUUAAUUACUCAAAAUUAUAGACUUCAUUUUACACCAAAGUUGAUGUGCUCCUAUGACCUUCACAUGUUAGUGCUCAUGGAGCUUUGUACAGGAACACACUGUGGGGUCUAGGAACAAGGUUGCUCAUCACUUGAUAAGAGAAGGCACACACACCUGUAUGCAUAUCACCUCUGCUUGCCAUAUAUGGUCACUAGAGUAAUCGACAAUCAAAAGUGUGUGCGUGUGUGUGCAUGCAUGUGUGUGUGUGUGUUAGAGAGAGAGAGAGAGAGAGAGAGAGAAGACAAAGUUCAGGUGCUGUAAAUGGGGUGGUGAGAUGUGCAGGUAGUGACACAUUUCACCCUCUCCUCUCAACUCCUGGUCCCUCCACAUCAGGUGAGUCCUUUGUAUAACGUGCCAAGCUAACAAACAGUUUCUGUAUGUUUUCGCGAAGAAGUGAUGUAGCAAAUGGGAGUUUAUGUGGAAUGAGCAAAUGGGCGUUUAUGUCGAAUGAGCUCUGUAUUGAUGUGGACAUUUAAGGAGAAAUGAUGUCUUGGUCAUUGUGGAACCUUGGGAGGUUAGCUAGGGAAAAUGGACCUCAACGUGUAUCAGAUAUAUAGCUAUCAGCUAAAGUAGAGACAUUUUUUGCCUGCAAAUGUAUUGAUAUUGAUUAUAGAAGAAACAUUUAUUUAAAUGACGUAUUGAGCCCAGUCUGGAAAUGUGUAUAUUGUUAGUAACAAUAUGUCUAAAAAUAAGCAAAAUCAAAAAGUGUAGAAUAUUAAUAUUUUUAAUGUUGAAUAAAUGAAUGUGAAAUUUGUAUUACAGAAUCUAGACAUACUCCAUAUUUGAGAGAACACUAUAAGGAGUAUAAUGACGUCAAGAUGUGGUCUGUAUCAUGUACGGUUCACAGAUUAUAGGGUUUUACAGGAGGCAUGUAUAGGUCUAAAAAAGAUGAUUUAAACACCAUGUUAAACAUCCUUCCUCCCAAUGAAGUUCCUAUGUGAGAAUUGCUAGAACAAUCUGAGAUGCAAAAAAUAUUUUCAGCUCCCGCAGGCCUGGAAUCGCCCUAUUAUCCAAUCAUGACGCAGACAAGAUAAGCGUCGUUGUGAUGACUCAUUAUUAUAUUACGCUAUCAACAGACCUCUGAACAGCAGUUAGGGGAGGAAAAAUGUUGCUGAUAAGUAGAUUCAAAGUUAUUGUUUUAUGAUAAGCAAACACGCAUCUAUACCGUGGUUACUUCGCAAGUAGAAAGGCUCAUUAUCAGUGCAACAGUCUCACUUAUCAUUAAUUUGAAAUGAACAUUUUGUGAACAAUCACUCACUUGGUUUUAUUCCAUUUGACAAUUUACAGUAACAAAAAUCUAAUAGUUUUCAGUGUCAUGAAUUUGGCUGGGAUGUGCAAAUCAGAAAGAGGACAUACAUACACUGAAUGGAACAGAAAGGUAAAAUAAGCAAUAUGUCAAGCAGUGAUACACAUUUAAACAACAAACACACACAAACCAGCAUGGACCAACCAUACAGUAAUGAGUUAAUGAAGCUGUGAAUCAUUGGGCUUUGUAGUUAUGAGCCUUAUACCCAUCAUUAAAUCAACCCAGGGUGUUGGGGUGGGGCAUAUGAUUGAUUGACUAACACUCAGGCUACAAAGGACACAAUGUAAUAGGCCUGUUAGUCUGUUUCAGCGAUGGUUGCUGUUUGGUUUAGAAGCCAUAUGGAGGUAAGUCUGUGGUUACAAGAAAGGGACAGAGUGCAAACACAGCACAAUAUCACUUUAUGGUCCACUGCUCAUAAACUGAACUGGGCUUCCAUGGUCUAUCAGCAGCCAGACAGCUAGCCAGCCUACCAGCCAGUCAGCCACACAGCAUGCUGUUCCAGCUGGCCCUCUGAUUCUCUAUAGGAAGAUUCUAUUAAUGGGGACAAAUAGUUAUGUUAAGUGGAUGUUUUGUUCCUAUAUGUUGUUGGGGACUAUCGCUACUUGAUAUUCAAUUCAAGCCUUUUCACAGUGGACAUUGAAAUAAGAGUAGCCUACUCUAUGUGUCCGAGAAACCGGUCCUUAAGGUUUAAAGCCUUGACAAGACCACUGUUCCUCACCUCUCCCUUAGAUUGAUCGAGAAAUCAUAUUAGCAUUAUCAUAAAAACUUGGCUUCGCCUCAGGAGCCCCAUAAAUGUCUCAAUCCCUGUAUUUAAAGUAUGCUGUACAAUGGAAUUGACUAUGAAAUGAAGCACACGUUAGAUGCAUUUUUUUUUUGGGUGUGAUUAAUUAUCAUUCUGGCAGGUCCUCAUUACAAAUAAGCCAUGAGACCAUGAUGCAAAAGUUGACAUUCAGCUAUGCCUAUAUAUACCAAUAUAGCAGUAUAACUGUAGACACUGUAGUAAGGUACCAUAUGUUUUGACACUCAGGAAAUUGGAGACUGCUGUGUUCAAGGUUGUGGUAACAUCUGGGAGGUACUGAGAAUUUCACUUCCUGCUUUGUAGCAAGCCGUUUACGCUCCUCCUGCAAUGGUGGCUUCAAAAUAUGUGGUUCCUUUGUGUAGUACAAUAAGCACAGACUGAGACACUCUUGAGCAGUAUACUCCCAUUACCAUUCUGUGACCUGAGACAGGAAAUACUCUACUGAGGUCACAUCCAGGGGUGAAAGUAAGGCAGUAUGGUCCGGUACAGUGUCCCAGCAAAAUAAAUAGUGGGGGUACGCCGUACCGGUAAAACAUGAUUAAAACAAAAUAAUUUAAGCAAAAUGCCAAGAAAACUGUAGGCUAUUACACUAUUAUGUAUCAUUACCGCAUGAAAAAUUAGCGAAUGGACUUGAAAACGGGUGGUAUAGCCUAUGUUCCAAAAUGCGAUGUGGUUCGAUGAGAACACUCACAUUUUGCCAAGGCAGAGAGAGAUGAGUGGCCAACAGCAGCGGACAGCAGUACGCGUACUGUAUACAUUCUGGCCUAAUGACAAUCGCCAAAUGCCGUUACACUUUUUGGUGUUUUGUGUAACAGAUGUCUCUUUCCAUUCACCACUGUUUGGAGGCUGGAAAUAUGUUGCGAGUGGAUGAACGUGCGAUAACCUAGUAAAAGAGCUCUUUGAAGUGAUUGUUUGACAAUCAGAUGACAACAUCAAGACUGGUUGUGUUUAUGCCACAGUAAAAGGUAAUACAUUUUAAAAGUUAAAUGACAAAUCUUUUUGACCAGGCCCACAGAGAUCCUAUUGAAUUAAUAGGGAUUCUAUAUGUAAUUCUAUGACUGGCCCACGCGCAAGCGGGUGCACACAUAGUAGGUCCCGUACAAGGAAGAAAUUGAAUCUACUUUCACCCCUGGUCACAUCAUUGACUCUGCCAAUGAUCAACUCAAAGACUUAUGGAUCAACUCCUCCCCUUAGCCAGUCAUGCAAGGUAGCAGAGCCAGAUAACACUAGGCAACAGCACAGUUUAUUGAGUUUGUGUCUGUUUUGAUUUAGUUUUUUGCUAUUUCAAGCCCUCUGAAUCUGUAUGGAAUACUAUUGAACAUGUAAACAACAGAAUAUGAAUAGGUUAGCUUCAUUAAGAAACAGUGAACGACCACUAACUCACUCACACAUUCACUUCCCUCUAGGUAUCUUCUCCAAGCUGAAUCUGGCACCAUGCCACAGAUCCAGGUCAAAACCCAAGUUGCAAAAGUCCUCAAUAAAACCACGCCAGGGCUGCAGAUAUGGAGGAUAGAGGUGAGAGAACAGCACAUAGUUCCUUUGUCAUUACUACAUAAUGAAUAUGCAGAACAUGUAAAUGCCAAGUUAGGUUCAUUAUCAAACUUUUUCACACAAUGACAUUAAAUGCAAUUGUGAACUGGUUCCAAUUUUCCAAUUGGACAGGCCAUGGAGAUGGUGCCCUUCCCUUCUAAAGCAUAUGGGAAUUUCUAUGAAGGAGACAGCUAUGUCAUUCUAUACGUAAGUAAUCAAUGUAACAUUAUGAUGGCGUAUUCCAAACAAAUACAUGAAGUGACAUCCCAGUAACAUCAUGUUUCUGUCUAAUCUCGUAGACCAAAAAGAUGAACAGCUCAUUCACCUACGACCUCCAUUAUUGGCUCGGAAAGGACACCUCCAACGACGAGCAGGGGGCGGCGGCCAUCUACACCACCAUGAUGGACGAGCACCUAGGGGGUGUGGCUGUGCAGCACCGCGAGGCGCAGGGCUAUGAGAGCGACACCUUCCGCGGAUACUUCAAACAGGGAAUCAUGUGAGCUAUGUAGGCUACACCCUACACCUGCCUACUGUAUGGAAAGAAAAUGAACAACUCUGAUACAAUGAUUCCCAUUGAACACAGACAAAUUAGCAGCAGCUCACAUGUAUACAAUGCAAUUUCACUAUUUACACUAGAGACAAACAACUUGAGCUCCUCCAACUCAUCACUCAAAUAAGCCACCAUGUUGGCUUAACCCCAAAAUAACACACCCAAACACCCAUAAAACAUCUGUUAAACACCCAUAAAAACCAUCUACCCAACACCCACACAGUUUAGUUGCACUGUCAAUGAACACAAUACCUAAAAGCCUCAAACCGAGAUAUUUCGAAUGAUUAUGGAGCCAUGAAAGAUAGUGGCAAGGGAAAUACCUUGUUGAUAUACAGGAGGUGACAAUAGGAGGAACCAAAAUCUUGAGAAAAAAGGUAGGUACUGGUAUUUCUGUAGCCAUCAUCGGGUAUGUACUAUAGGUCAUAGUGAAAUUAUAUCGCCUCCCCCUCUCUACAGCAAAAGGCCAUUUCCCCUUGUGGUGUUACCUUUCUCGGAUAAGUAUACAAAAUAUCACUGUGGGGAGGUUGGCACAACCAAAACUUCUGCAUUCUGCACUCUUCGAAAAAGAGAUGCUAUCUAGAACCUAAAAGGGUUCUUCGACUGUCCCCAUAGGAUAACCCUUUGAAGAACCCUUUUUGGUUCCCGGUAGAACUCUUUUGGUUCCAGAUAGAACCCUUUUGAGUUCCAUGUAGAACCCAUUACACAGAGGGUUCUACAUGGAACCCAAAAGAGUUCUACCUGGAACCAAAAAGGGUUCUCCUGUGGGGACCAUUUUGGAACCCUUUUUUCUAAGAGUGUUGCUUCUGAGAAACAGCAUGGUGGUCAGGCAGAAUAGUGGAGGUAAGUCAGAGCGAGACAGCACAACAGAAAUAACCUUCAUGACCGCAAGCUGACGUACAUAACAUAUAAUGGUAUUCAGAGCAUCAGGGGUGUAUUCACUAGGAACCGAACAGAGACAAACGGGCUGAAACAAGGAGGGAUCUACCUGAAGUUUCCGUUGUUAAACCUUUUGCUGCAAUUUGCACUAAUGAAUACACUCCUGGUAAUUGCCAAAUAACAACAGAAAGGGUUUCAGACCAUCAUUCAUGGCUGUCAUCUGACAGUAUUUCUUGUGCAUGUUUUUCUGCAGCUACAAGAGGGGCGGUGUGGCAUCUGGGAUGAAGCAGGUGGAGACCAACACCUACAACAUCCGUCGCCUGCUCCAUGUCAAGGGAAAAAAGCAUGUGGUGGCUGGAGAGGUGAGAAAGCUCAAGCCAACGUGACCCUUGUGGAAUAUACUGCCUUCACAGCCUCUGCUCUGCCCUUGACUAGGAUGUCUACUUCAGUUACUAUAUUUUACAUUUUACUUGACUAGAAACAGCUCAGUCACUUCCUUCUCUGCUCAGCUCAGUCACACUUCUUGUACAGCGGAUUCAACUUAAGUUCAAGUACAUCAAUUAUUAGUCACAUUUGCUGGGCCACUGACUACCAUGUAGCUCCUCACUGACAUAAUCACAUGAAAGUCUAUCAAGAAACUACACUGAUGUGUCUUAUCCGUUACAAAAAUCCCAAGGUUAAAGGUAGACAAAUGACAUUGCCAAAAGCACCGGAGAUAUUGAGAUGAGCGAGAUGCAACACUUUGCGCUCACACAGUCACACACAGUAUCUGUGCAUGCGCAAGGGUUCGCAUCACGCUAUAUACAGCGUGGUAGCCACGGGACCAAAACAGCGGAGAAGUUGAGCCUCUUAGUUGUUGCGGAAAUUGACGCACUAUGCUGUUUACUUUCUGCAUCUACGUAUGUCAUAUCGCUGAGUCUACCUUUAAUGUUCAACUCAGACAUACUACUUAUUGUGAAAGCUGAGUAGAAUGAAGAAGAGAUUGUUAACUCAAUUAGUCCCCCCGUAAUGCCGGUGCAUUUUGGACUUCUAACCCCUUACAUUUUUUUUGGAGCUACAGACUUCUGGGUUGUAACAUUGGUUUAGUCUAUUUCAUCUGCAUCCACAGAUAACAACCAUUCUGUGUGAUUAACAGGGGCUGAGCUAGAGUGGCGUAUCCCGAAGGGGCCCGGUGCCGGUCUUUUUACAAAAAUGUCUGUGGAGUCCAAAUUAUUUGAGCUACAAACUAUUACAAUCUAUCUAUGAAAAGCUGAGACUCACACGAAUAUGCACAUUUUGCUCUAUGACGCCUACAAGCUACACAAGAGUCGUUAGAAGAUAAGGGGUUCUACAUAAAAGUUCGUAGGAAAUCCCAGGACAUAGUGUCUGUAAUACUGUAAUAAUCUCACAUAGUCGCUGUCACAAACUCCAAACAUUUGUCACUGACUACAUGGAUAUUAAUUUCCCAGUGAGCAAACCAUUACUGUACAUUUUUAUCCGAUGUUUCCUUUGGCGGACCUUAUUCUUUCAUUGACAUCUGUCAAUAAAACUCAUGAAUGCAACUGUUUAUGUCAAAUUGUUUUGUGUUCUACUUGUAGAACAUGUGGCCUGAAAAGAAAAUGGCAAAAUACUUCAUUGUGAGGCUAAAUAUAAGGGCUGGACAUGCAGAUAAAUGAAAGUCAGAUAAAUUAAAAGCAGAUUUUUGCUGUGGUCUCGGGACUGAUAGGGUUAACCCUUAAAGAGAUUGUCAGUAGCCUACAAUUGACUGACAAAUACUUACAGUAUCAAUGUUACUUGAUAUAACCACAUGUCAGCAUCUAGUAAAAGCAUCAAUUCAACAGCUGCUGACCUGACCUAUCUGCAUCAUGUCAUUAAUAUAAUGCUGGAGAACAUUAUUAUGGAAUUCAUCUAUGUGUCCUUUCCAUCCCCAUCAAUCCCCCUUUCCAUCAUCAUCCAUCCAUACUUGAGAAAAGGUGGACAUGAGCUGGAGCAGCUUCAACAAGGGGGAUGUGUUCCUGCUGGACCUGGGCAACCUCAUCAUCCAGUGGAACGGACCCAAGAGCAACCGGAUGGAAAGACUCAAGGUAAGGAGACCUUUUAGACCACAGCCAUAGAGAGAUACAAUACUACUUUAUGGGUGACAUUUUCUUUGUCUAAAUGCUGCGAGCAAAAUGGAUAGAUCUCGUCAGAGUUUAGUUCCUGUCUGUGCUUUGGGAUUUUACCGCCCCAAGUUUUCAGGAAGGUACUUUGUUUUUUACUUUGGUGCAUAAUGAAUGAGAGAUAAGUGAAAGCAGGGGUUCAACCACAUUGCUUUCACACCUUCAGGCAUAUCAGGUCAGUGAUAACCAUAAGGAAGAGAAGCGAGGACAGGUGCAUUUUUUAAGUAUUCAAACAAGGCCCCUAUGUAGGAAGACCUCUGCUUCUAAACCUAACCCUUCCAGCAUGGAAAGCAUACAACUAAGACUGGAGUGUGGUUCCAAUGGCUCAAUAAGGUAGAGCGUGGUGGGUUCUAUUGUAAAGUACUGCCCUUGCACUCAGGGUGCUUUGGAUAAAAGCAUCAGCUAAAAACUAGCAUUAUAGAGUGCCUUAGCCCCCUGGUGGUGGUAUGAUUGGUUGAUAUUGUCACAUUUGUUUUUCUCUGCAGGGGAUGACUCUAGCCAAAGACAUCCGUGACAGGGAGAGAGGGGGACGGGCGCAGGUGAGUGUGGUGGAAGGGGACGACGAGAAGUCUUCAGAGGAGGCCAUGAAGCUGAUGAAGCAGCACCUAGGAGAGACAAGACGGGACAUCAAGGACUGCAUCGCAUCUGACGAUGUGGUCGACCAGAAGCUGAAGUCCAGCGUCAAGCUCUUUCAGUGAGUGCUGACCACUGACAUGACCUCAGUGAUAUUUAUAACCUCCUUAUGACCUGUCAUAGACAUUAUAAGCUCUUAUGACCUGUCACAGACAUUAUAACCUCUUCUGCCCUGUCAUAAACAUGUACUGUAGCAGAUGUGAACUAGCUAGUGAGAGCUAGCCAUUUUGCUUACAGAAUCGUUGUUAAAAAUAAUGUGUAACAUUCUGAUUGAUCUGUGCAGUAUCUCAGAUGCCGAGGGGAACCUUGUGGUGCAAGAGGUGGCAGUGAAGCCUCUGACUCAGGACCUGUUGAAUCACGAGGUCAGUUUCCUUGUCAAUCAGGGAAAGGGGAGGGGGCAUGUUAAAGGAGAAGGGGUUUAAAGUGUCCUUUGUUGCCACUUGUCUACUCAAGCAAACUUUUAUCCACAAUUCAAAGUACAGUAUUUGGGUGUGUGCCAUAAAAUUAUAUUGACUGAGCUUAAGCAUAGUACCAUGAUCAGGUUCAUACAAGAAUGAGAAGAUGAUAAGGAUAUGAUAAAGAUCCUUCUGAGAAAUGUGUAAGCUGAGAGAGAUGAGUAUGUAAGGUUUACACUGGUUCUGUAAUGUUUUAAUGAAAAUUGAUAGAGACUAUUUCUGCCCUGUGACAUCGAACAGAGACAAACAUAAUUCUCCUUGAGGGCUGGCAUGUGGUCUCAACAGUCAAAAUUAGCCAAACUUCUAAUACUAAUACAUCUAGACUACAAGGGGGACACGGAAUAGAAAAACACUGUGGUUGUGGUUUAAAACCAUGAGAAAUGAGUCUCACAUGAAAAUGUAGGAUUACAGUAACUGGUUCUCAUAGUAACUGGUUCUCAAUUUUAGCACAGUGAAAAUGAAUCUGUUGGGAUAGUUACAGACAUUCUCGGUAUGCCACAUUAUAGAAUUGUCCCUAUGUGCAGAAGUGUAUAAUGCAGUAAUGAAACUCAGGCAAACAGUAAUCCUCUUUACUGAGCAGUAGAGGUAUCAAUAAAUGUAAUUUCAUACAUCUAAUCUAAAUCUACUCAUUUCACAGGACUGCUUUCUGUUGGAUCAAGGUGGUGUACAAAUCUUUAUCUGGAAAGGAAAGAAGUCUUCCAAGACAGAGCGGUCUGAGUCUUUGGCUAAAGCAGAAGUGAGCCAGACCUCUUGACACAUUUUAGUUUACAAUGUUUUUGAUACCCCUUUGCUGUCCCCUAUAGGCUUUUUAGGUGAAUUCAGACUGACUGUUAUAGAGGGUCCUAAAAUAUCAGACACCCUCAGUUUGUACAUCCCAGAUAACAAAUACCCAAACAAGUUAACCCUGAAAACCAGCUGAACACCUGAAACACUUCUUCCGGUCCUGGAUCUAAGCUCCACUCAAUUACUUACCCACUCUCUCUGACACCCAUAUAUCUAUACCAUUCUAAUUUAUGAAUACUUUGGUAUGUUCCUAGCAAAAUAAAAAAUAAACAAAGCACAGGAAUUAAAUUCCAUGUGAUCCCUGCAGAUGUAGGAUCUUCAUUUGAGCCAAUUUGCUACAGCAGGAAAAUAACCCUGCAGCAACAGGAAAUGUGAAUUAUUAUGUGGAUUAUUAUUAAUGGCAUUUUUUUUAGGGGUUGAUACAUUUCCAUCAACAAAAUAGUGAUAAAAUGAAGAUACUACAUCUGUAUUUUAAAAUCUAAAAUGUUGGAAUUCUAGGCAUACAAGAAGGCGAAGGGCUACCCUAUCUCCACCUACAUUGAGACGGUGAACGAUGGUGCUGAGUCUGCCGUAUUCAAGCAGCUGUUCCAGAGGUGGACCGUGAAGGGUCAGACUGUGGGGAUGGGAACCACAAACAGCCCAGGCAAAAUUGGUGAGCAAGUCACACACUGGAUAUAUUGUACACUCAAUGCACAUGUCCAAUCAGAUGUAUUUAUUUAGGAUUUGUUUUCAUGCUUUGCGGAGUAUUGACUGAAGCAUACUGUGCAUUUCCAACAGCAUAUUUCAAUGUACAUUAUGAAUCAAACACCUAUUUCUCAACUUGACUAAUGAAACUAAGCAUCCAGUAUUCAAUGCAAAAAAAAAAAAACUUUAUCUAGUAUCUCUAAAUGUGUUUUCUUGACAAUGCAGCCAAGGUUGAGCAGAUCAAGUUUGAUGCAACUUCCAUGCAUGCAAGGCCUGACCUGGCUGCCCAGCAGAAAAUGGUGGACGACGGAACAGGCGAAGCAGAGGUUGGUUGGUAACAAUAAUUAUUCAUAAUGCUCCCCUUUAAACUAUUCAUCCAAUGGAAACUAACAUGUCCUAUUUUCCUCCAACCAGGUGUGGAGGUUAGAGGACAGUGAGCUGGUGCCUGUGGACAGGAAGUGGUUGGGCCACUUCUAUGGAGGCGACUGCUAUCUCAUCCUCUACAAAUAUGAUGUCAGCCACAGGAGUCACUACAUGCUAUACAUAUGGCAGGUCAGAGCACCCUGCUAGCCACCAUUCCCUCUACGGCAUAGCUCUUUGUCUGCCUGGCAAUCAAGCUUUGUUAAUACCAGAAGACGUUGAUAUGAGAAGAGCUUAAUUCCAUGACUUAGUCUCUGGCUUACUUUCUGCAACCUAUGCAGAUAGGUAACUAUGAUGUGUUUGAUGUGUGCAAUGUAGGGUCGUCAUGCGACCACGGGAGAGCUAGCUGCCUCUGCUUUCCAAGCCGUGAACAUCGACCGGCAGUACAACGGGGAGCCAGUUCAGGUCCGAGUGCCCAUGGGAAAAGAACCACUCCACCUCAUGGCCAUAUUCAAGGGCAAGAUGGUGGUCUAUGAGGUAAGCCCUCCACGUGUUCCUUUGUCAAUGAGUUUUCAAGGAAAUUCUUGGAAUGUUUCAAAUGUAUCGUCUUAAAAGAUUCUCAUUGGAAUCUCAUAAUGAAUGUGAUUGUAUGUCAUCAUUACAAUUGUAAUCAUGGUUUGCAGGAGGGGAGCUCCAGAGCCAACUCUAAACAUGUCCAGCCGGCAGUUCGUCUCUUCCACAUCCACGGCACCAACGAGUUCAACACCCGCGCCAUCGAAGUGCCAGCACGCUCUUCGUCCCUCAACUCCAACGACGUCUUUGUGCUCAGCACUGACACUUGCUGCUAUCUGUGGUACGGAAAGGUAAGCAGCAAAAACGCCAUAACCUUGUAAUCCAGGUUAAGCAGAGGUCUCCAGCUAAGCAUUGAUGAGGAGAGUACAAGCAGUGGUGUCAUGCCCAUAGGGGGCACAAUGGUACGUGCCCCCUCAGAUUUGCCCAGUUUUUGAAAGAUUCUGACGCUAAUUACAAAACUUUAUUUUUAAGCCCGCAUUUUAUCAUAAUUAUCUAUAAAAAAGAUCUGUCAGCGGUAUUUUGUGGAGGGGCACAAUGAUUGGACCAGGCAAAAAGUACCAGGCAAAGAAAAUUUUGGAAAAGCAAGAAAUUACUAAAUGUACUAAAUGUUCUUGGGUUAUGAUACUAUAUACAAGUGUGGCAUAAAAUAUCUUAAAUAAUCAAUGUGCAUGAUUAAUUAAAAUUAAACAGGUAUAUACAUAUUUUUACAUAGAAUUAGGCAUAAUGAUUAUGGCUCUAGGGUGCAGGAAAAAACGGAUUCAGGUGUUUAAGAAAUGCACAUACUUCGUGCCCCCUUUAAAAGAAUGGGUGCCUGACGGUACUGAGUUCAAAGGCAGUACUUUACCUAGUUAUGCGACAGGUAUGACCCUUAUCCCUUGCAGGGCUGCAGUGGCGAUGAGCGAGAGAUGGGCAAAUCCCUGGCAGACAUAAUCUCCAGGAGGGAAAAACAGGUCAUUGCAGAGGGCCAGGAGCCGGCUCACUUCUGGGUCAAUCUGGGAGGCAAGUCCCAGUAUGCCAGCAGCAAGAGGUACUACACUUGAUCCUUUGGUUUUAUAGUUACCUAAGGGGCCUGUUCAUCUGAACUGAGCAAAACAUUGUUUACAACUGAAAAUUACAUCCCCUUUUGAUGCCUUCUUCCUGGUCCGUCUGUGGUCUCUGCCAAGGCUUCAGGAAGAGCACAGCAACAUCACCCCACGUCUCUUCGAGUGCUCCAAUCAGACGGGCCGCUUCCUGGCCACGGAGAUUACAAACUUCAACCAGGACGACCUGGACGAAGAUGACAUCAUGCUGCUCGACAUCUGGGACAUGGUGAGGGCCUGUCUUUUUAGCCUGUAUUUGUAUUUAUUAGGGAUCCCCAUUAGCUGCUGCCAAGGUACUCUUCCACUCUUCCAUUAAGGCACUUACAUCACACAUAAAACAAAAUAUUAAACAGUACAUCAUAUAACAUUAUUACACCACUACAUAUCUACAAUACAAAAUGUAUAAUACCACCAUACAACAAUAUUGGUUUUGUGAUGAAUGAACCAUCUGAUUCAAUGAAUGAUGGAGCUGAGUUUUCUUUUUUGCCCAAAAUGUCAUUUAAGGUGCUCCAAAGCUCAUUCUUUAUAUCAUUUAUCUUUGUUUCAUAGUAUAGUUUCUUCUUCUUUUUAUUCAGUUUAGUCACAUGAUUUCUCAAUUUGCAGUACGUUUGCCAAUUGGUUGUGCAUGGAAUCCAAACUGAUGUGCCAUGUUCAGCCAUUGUUUCCGUUUGGGUUCCAGGCUACUACUGUAUUGUCUUUUGGUGGCCACUAUCAAUCUAUGAUCUGGAGGUUUGGUUCUUGUGAAACACAAGCGGUCCUGAGAGGACAUCCUUCCUUACAAACCCUUGACCUCUUCUUACUCAGGUGUUCCUGUGGGUGGGCAAGGGAGCCAAUCAAAUAGAGAAGGACAAUGUGGUCCCCACGGCACAUGAGUACCUGAGGAGCCAUCCAGGGGGUCGGGAUAUGGACACCCCCAUCGUGAUGAUCAAACAGGGCUUUGAGCCUCCCACCUUCACCGGCUGGUUCCAUGCCUGGGACCCACACAUGUGGAGUGUAUGUAGCAAGAAUAUGAGUAAUUAUGAGAUGAUAAUACACAUUGUAGGAUGGUCAUGUGCUUAUAACAAGUCUAACAAUGUAUUAUAACUGCUUCAUAAUGCAUUACACCUGUUGGUUUCAAGUAUUACCAAAGUGUCUUUACUCAGGGCACAAAAUAUUGAUUUAAACAAGCUGAUUAUUAUGUCCACAGGGAGGGAAGUCCUACCAAGAAUUGAAGGCUGAGCUUGGGGAUGCCACUGACAUCAUCCAGAUCACCGUGGUGAGUCUCUACUCUCUCUCAAGCCCACUAACAUCAUCUGAUUUACGAAACUGUUCUCAUGUAAACAUGCUUUACAAAUGCAUCUACAGUAUGCAACCCAAAGGAAAUGUAUUUAAGUGUUAAUGUUAAUCUGCCUCACGGAAAACAAUGUCCACCAACAAAGUUGCCGAAGGUCUAGCCACCAUUUGACCUGGUGUUUUAACCUAGCCUAGCCAUUUAGGAACAAUUAUGGCAUUGUCACAGAAACCAGUCAGAUAUGAUUUUCUGCAACGGUUAAAUUAAUGGUCUCUGUCUGUUUGUGGCUACAGGACAGAACCACAUCCAAUUCCACUCAGAAUAACUCCAAAAACAUUGGAGUACCACUGUUGCAACCUACCGUUCAGGCCACCUUCCCUGCAGAAAAGCUGUUGAACUGCCAAACAGAGGACCUGCCCGAUGGGGUUGACCCCACCAAGAAAGAGGUAAACUACACUGGAACUCCAUGAUUGUCCUCGCUUCAGUCUGUACUUCAGAGUAGCUGUCAGCUAAAUGUAUGCUUAUCGUUCUCACUCAUCUAUUUUAUCAUGUACUAUAACUAUACCAUACCUUUAUCAUUUCCAGGAGCAUCUUUCCAAUGAUGACUUCACUCUGAUCCUGGGUGUGUCCAGGGUAGAGUUCUACUCCAUGCCCAACUGGAAGCAGCAGAAUUUGAAGAAAGAGAAGGGUCUGUUCUAGGAGUAUAUCUACACUUCAGGUCUCAUUUUGACAGCGUAAAAUAGCUGCACUGUUGUCAAAUCUCCUCAAAUACUCUAUUUCAAAAGGAGUUUGGAAUGCAAUAGUUCUAAAUUCUGCAUCUUGAAUCUGCAAUGUUAUUUGUGCAUCUUAGACCUGCAGAAAUAUUACAUGAUUUUGAAAUUAGGCCCACUAAAACAAAAGUAUAGGGAGUAUUUCAGACAUGGUUAACAGUUGACACUAGCACUGCUUUUUUGCGCUCUCAAAAGUAGGCCCCUCGUGUUUUGUCAUCUAGCCUUGCACUUCUACUCUUAGCCAAUCUGAGAACGUGUGCACGAGUGGGUAGUUCUCAAAUAGCUGUAAACAGAUUAAAGUGCCUUAGGUUUAGUCUUGCAAAUAAUCUAUGAUUUUUUUCUUGAUUCUGAAAUGUUGCCGUUAUAAUUUAGGCAAUCAAGUUAUGAAGAGGACAUUUCUAGGUGAUAGAAAGGAUUCUACACGUUUUAUUAUUGGAGAUUUAGCAUAUACUUUAUUUGCAUCACUUUUUCCCCUGAAUUGCUACUUGUGUCACAGAAUUAUAUCUGGAUAUGUACUGUGCCUGUCAGACAUUUAAGAAUACGCAGAAUAUUAUAUUGGUUCUAUAUUUUAUGUCCACAAUUAGCCUUAAUAUUGAAAAUGUAUCUUCAAAUGUCUCUUUGUAAUCUUCAGAGGACCACAAGGGCUUAGUUUUAUGUUGAAAUGCAGGAAUAUAAAAAUGUGUAGGUACUUUAUGUGCUUCAUAAUAUAAAUGUGGAGGUCUAAUGUAUCAAUGAAAUUAUGACUGUCAAAUGGAGAUAACUAUUGGGGUAUUUAGUUUUUGCUAUGUUGGAUAAACAAAUUAAUAUAUCUCUAUAUGAAGACCCUUCAUUUGCAAUGGCAGUCAAUAAAGAUCCUAUUCCCCA